CUACCCACUCUCCUGAUUUCCCUCCGCCCUUUCUCCACAUCCAUCACCGGCAAACAACCAGGGCAUUUUACAUCUCCACAGCGCCAUUUUCACACUACCACUGAAGCACUCAUUCCGGAAAAAUCAGAUGGUCACCGACGGUAUAGUUGUUGCUACCCCUUUACUCGAAGACCACGACAUCGUUCCUGGCUCCGUUGACCACCGCGGCCGCGGGAUCCACAAUCGCUCCCCUCUUUCAGCGGAUGGAGAUCUUCGGCUUUCAUAAUCGAUAGAAGAUUUCCCUUUUUAUUGUUUCUCCUCUGCGUUUUCUGAUUUUGGAACGAUUUAGAUGCCAAUACUCCGCUGCACCACCGACCUCGUCCCUUCAGUUUAGGGGUUUUGGAUGAACUAGAGAACUCGAUUUGGGGUUCUUCUUCCGCCUCAAUCCAAUGAAUCCAUCCGUCUCUUCCAAAUGAAAAACCCAGAACAAGCAAAAACAACCCAGAAUCGCAGCUCCACUGUCGAUCGAUGGUCAUGGUGGCGAUGGUGACGAUGGCAAGGAUUUGGGGAUUAGGGAUUUGGUGGCGAUGGUGAUGACAACACCCACAUCCUUCCUUCUGGGUGUUGAAAUUUGACCCAAAUCGACUAAAUACAGGAUCCUACCACUUGGGAAAGAUGUCGCCGGUCGUCGAUGCGGGUGGAUAUCCCCCGCCGUCGCCUUCUCUAUCUUCUUCUCUGGCGGUCCUGAUAGGCUGCACUUGAGAUAUCCGGCAGAGAACGAUGGAGAGCGAGAAGCUCGAAGAGGAAGAGGAAGAUAAAUAUUGAUUGGUUAUUUGAUCUAGAGUAGGGAUUUGGGGGAGAGAAUUUGGGGAGGAAUUGAAAAAAAUAAUUGAGAAGAAGGGGGUGCUCUGCUGGCUGCGUAGAGAGAAGAGAGGGACGUGGGAUAAUUUUUUUUUUUAGUUUUCUUAAAUAAAUAAAAAUUAGUUCAGAUAAAAAAGAUUAUUUGAAAACAAAUAUUUUUUUCAUUUAUCCACAUGGAAUUGUUGAAAGAUAAAUCAAAAUGAUGUGGCAAUGAUAUUGAUGACUUGUCGCUGACGUGUGUGAUGAUUUGGCAUCCUAGUCAGUUUAACGUUAACUUAACUGACGGAGUUUCUAACACCGUUAAAGUUUGUAACGGAAAUGGCUAUAUUUGUUGGGAAACUUUCAAAUUUCUGGCUAUUAUUGGUAUUUCCCCAAAAGUGGCUAUUAUUGUCACAAACAUCAAAGUUUUGGCUAUACAAAUGAAUUUUGCCUUUUUUUUCGAUUAAUGGUUUGCUUAACCGAACCGAAAUCCCCCUGGUCUGACCUGGUUGUAGUAUAUUCGUGAUAAAUUUAGUUCUUGGCCUACAGCAUGGUAGUUAGUUGGGUCAAAAGAACUUUUCCGGUUGAUCUGCGCUUAGACUUGCCAUUUGCCAAGAAGAUGAUGCCUUUCGUCCGGAUUUUAGAAGGGUUUUUCAUUUUUAAAAGUUAAUGAAACAAUGCCAAACACUUAUAAAAGUUCUGUUUUUGAAAAAACUGAAAAGUAUUUUUGUAUAACAAUUGGAGCUUCUGCGAAAAACUGUUUUGAAAAUACAAAAUUAUUCUUAACAUUUUUUAUUUUAUUUCAGGAAAUAUAAUUUUAUUUAAUUUAUAUAAUUCAAAAAAUAAAAUAAAUUAUAAAAUUACAUGAUUUAAUAUAAAAGAAAUCUAACAAGAACCAUUUUAACUACUUUUUAUUGUUUAGAACUUUUAUUCAACGACGAAAUGUUAGAGCAAUUUGUGGUGUUACUAUGGAUGAUGGGGAAUGAGAGGAACAAUCAAUUGGUCAACCGGAAGAAGGCAGAAGAAUGGGAAAUUGUCGGGAAGGCCCUAGCCUACUGGGAGGAGUACGCAUCAUACCAUAGGCAGGAGGAACAUAUGAGAGGGGCAGAGGCGAUUACCUGGAAGCGGCCGCCGAUUGGGUGGGUGAAGGUGAACGUGGAUGCGACAGUGAUAGCAGGUCAGGGCACGAGAUUUGGGAUGGUCCUGUGAGAUGAGAAGGGAGGCUUCCUUCGGGCAGCAGUGCGGCGGGAGCGACGAUGUUGACCACCAGAAAUUGCGGAAAUGAAAGCUGUGGAGUUUGGGCUGAAGCAGCUGGAAAUGAGUGGUUUUCGUCGGGUGAUGGUGGAGACGGACUGCCAGCAGGUGGAGACCGCGCUUCAGAAGACUGAGUGCUCGAGGCUGGAGACGGGUUUGGUGAUUAAGGAAUUGCAGGCCGAGGCCCAAAGAAUUGGGUUGAUUAAUUGGAGUUUUGUCAAACGGGCUGGUAAUGAACCGGCCCUUAUUAUGGCCCAUUCUCUUUGUAACUGGGAGACCCAAGAAGUUUGGGACUCUAGACCUCAUAUUUUCCUCCUAGACAUUUUGGCUAAGGAAAUGGCAAGCUAUUAAUAAAAUUCCAGGAUUUGA